UAGAUACCUGUUCAGAUCACACACAUCCAGGCUGAUUUGCCCAUUGGCUCUAAAAGUGACGUAAAUAUUAAUUCUCUUCUUUUUUUUGGUACCAAGUCUAAUAUAAAUUGCACAUUGCCUAAAGUGGAAAUACAUUUGGGUGAUUGCGUUUGUAUUUAAAUCUGGUGGACUGCUGUUUGCAGCUACGUUGCUGGGGGUGGUAGCAUGCGUAAGUCACUGCUGUGCUCUGUUGGCGAUUGGGAACAUCUGCAUAAUACAUGCUGGACCCGCCUCUCUUCCCUCCCUCUGUGUACACGACGAUUCUUCACAAUCGCCCGAGGUGGGGGGGUGGGUUACAGCCCACCCAAAGACCGUGGAAAAAGUUGUGUUAGGUGCAGGAGCGUGAUUUAACGCCACACACGCACGCGCGCGCGCUGGCAGGGCGGAGCAGGCAGGAGAGCAGAGAGACGGGCAUUCUGUAAGAUUGUUCGUGAAGUUUUUGGGAGCCGGGAGCAUGAAGGCAGUGUAUGAAGCGGGUCGCUGCCCUGUGGAUUGUCAGCUCAAAGUGGGGGCUGCCCACAGGAGCAGUGGCAGCAUGAGGAGCAGGACAGGCCACCCGCAGUCGCGGUGCCUCUCUCCCAGCGGCGCCUUCCAAGCGAUAGCUCGCAAGAAGCGGCGUGGGGUCAUCGAGAAACGCCGCCGGGAUCGCAUCAACAACUGCCUGUCGGAGCUGCACCAUCUCCUGCAGCCCACGGCCUUCCUGCAGCAGCAGCAGCAGCAGGCGUCCGGUGCCGGGGUCACGAUGCAGGAGCGCGGCAAGCUGGAGAAAGCUGAAAUCCUGCAGAUGACUGUGGACCACCUCAAGGAGCUGCACUCGUGCGGGGCAGCAGCAGGCGGUUACCUGCACGACGCUUCCCUGGCCUUGGACUUCUACCGCAGCAUGGGCUUCAGGGAGUGCCUGGGCGAGGUGGCGCGCUACCUGAGCGUGACCAGCCCCGCAAGUGGAGGGGACCCGGCCUGCGAGCACCCCCUGCGGAGCCGCCUCAUCGCCCACCUGCACGGCCUCGCGUCGCGCCUGCCCUGCGCCGGGCCCGCCGUGCCUCCCUGCAUGAGCGGCACGCCCUCCUCAUCCGCCUCCUCCUUCUCGUCCUCCCGCGCGCACUCAUCAUCGACGCCGUCGUCGUCGUCCAUGGCGCCACCCUUGCACUGCUGGGGGCUCAUGCUGCUCCCCCAGGGGCUGCCGUGGGUGUCGCCGGUGGCCCCCACCGAGCUGCACCCCCACGCCGCGCCCCACGGCCACGUGCCCACGCCGCAGCAGCAGCAGCAGCAGCUACUGCUGCUGCCCGGCGAAGCGGCGCUCAAACACUUCGCGUCCUGAGCCAAGGCUCCGUGGGAGGGAGGGACGGAGGAGGCCGGCAAGUUCGACCCACUGCAAGCAAAGACAGGGCUGCACAUUCACCUUAUGGUUUUACAGCCGCAUGGCAAUGUGGGGCCGGAUUCACGCGGUGAACGGUGAGGCGCGGUAGUGCGUACUCCUAGUCCCAGCGCUUUGGAAGUGAGCCGCAGGUGGUUCAAGUAGAUAAAGCAUUUCUCACCCUUUCUGUAAAUGAUGACAAACCCAAGUCACUGCCCCGCUGCUAAUGCUGCUGCUGUUGUCGCUGCUGAUGUCCAAAAUAGUAUAGCAGUGAUUUUGAGUAUUUCGAGUCGGUGGUUUCAAACAAGGCUGUGCGCAUUACCCACGCAGCGCGGUGAUUUCAUGUGACAUGCAGAGCAUGAUGGGAGGACGGAUCCAAUGGGCAUGACUGGACUCUCUUUUUCUGUCUAAAACUCAUAUUGGGCAUAUGUUAUUAACUCUUGUGGAGCCAAAGGUGGAUCGAUCAAGUAGAUGUAUAAGACUUUCAAAUAUGCGAGGCUUCAAGAUGCUCAGAAUAUAGCGGUAAAGCGAGUGUGUUGGUCAACCCAUUUGUGCAGAUAUUUGAGCAUUAACAUCCUCAUGCAUGUGGGAAAGAGCUUUCUACCAGCACAUUCACCAGCUCUGCUAAUUUUUUAAUGCCUUUUGUUGUUUGUUUUAAGUGGUUUUGGUGCCACCUUGGGUAAACUGGCCUCAGUUGGAAUAAUGGAUAUCCAAUGGUUAGGUAUUAUUACAUUUGUGUCGUAGUUUUUUUUUACUGUUUCUGUACAGCGUCUUGAGAUGGGGUGGCAUUUAGAGACACGAUAUAAAUCCACAUUGUAAUUGUAAUAAUUUUUGAAAAAGUUUUCAAAAGUAUAUCAUCGCAAGCAUUUGAAAUGCAUUCACGUGACUAAUAGUGACGUUAGCCUUGUGUAUUAACUAAAAUUUAUAGACAUAUAAAUGUCCUACAAUGCUUGUAUUGACGCCUACCGGGUUCCUAUAGCUGCUUGUGUAUAUUACAAAAAACAGCCCAUAAAUCUCUACGUUAUAUCGUAAAUGUGUAUUGAAAGCUUAUAUGCAAUAUUGUUGGUAGAACAUUUCAUUUUACAUGAUCGAUUAUCGAGGGUUGUUGCCGUGGUGUAAUGGUGAGCCCACUGGACUUGCAAUCCAGAGGUGGCUGGUGCAACUCAAUCUCAGGGCGAGGGUAGUUGAAACAACGGGAAAGGUCACGUGAAUCACUCCCCCCACCCCUCCGCUUCUGAGCACCCAACAGCAUGAAUGGGGUAAAAUGUGGGUACUCCCACCUCUUCCAAGAGGUCUGGCCAGCAUGGAAGACUAGGCCAAAUGCCCUCUCUAUUGGCUCGAGAGAGCUCAUCCUGCUGUUGGUUCCUUACGCCAGAAGCGGUGUCAGCCAGAAACUGUUGGAGGGCUGCAUGCUUUACCUGUGGCGCAUUGCACCGUAUUUCAAAAUUUCCACUGUCAGUAUUUUAGUACGCAGUUUUUCAAAAAUGUGUGCUGUCGUGAGCGGUUGCGUGUUUUGUGCUUGUGGCCAACGGUGAAUAAUUUACAGGAAUAAGUGUACGUAUUUAUCUCCUCGGCAUAUAUUGGCGUAUAUUAUUAUUAUUGUACAUAAGUGAAAUAAAGAUAUUAAGGCCU